AUGGGGAUAACAAUUCGACAAGCUACUAUAAAUGAUAUCCAAGCGAUGCAAAAUGCAAAUUUGCAUAAUUUACCAGAAAAUUAUCAAUUAAAAUAUUAUAUGUAUCAUAUUCUAUCAUGGCCACAAGCAUCAUUUGUCGCAACCACUUAUGAUGAAAUCAUUAAUGUAAAUGAUUCAGAAAUAGAUUUCCCAAUUCCAACUGAUCCUAAAGGAGACACUGCAUAUAUAAAUAAAGGAGAGAAAAUUGUUGGAUAUGUUUUAGGUAAAAUGGAAGAUGAUCCAGAAGCAACUGAUAAAACACCACAUGGUCAUAUUACUUCAUUAUCAGUAAUGAGAACUUAUCGUCGAAUGGGUAUAGCUGAAAAAUUAAUGAGACAAUCAUUAUAUGCCAUGUGUGAACUGUUUAAAGCUGAAUAUGUUUCUUUACAUGUUAGAAAAUCAAAUAGGGCUGCAUUACAUUUAUAUAGAGAUUCAUUAAAUUUUGAAGUUCAAUCAAUUGAAAAAUCUUAUUAUCAAGAUGGUGAAGAUGCUUAUGCUAUGAGAUUGAAUUUAAAAUUAGAUGAAUUAUUACCUUCAUUAGCACAAAAAAGUGAAGAAAUUGACGAUUUAUCUAAAGAUUUAUUAGAAGAAGAAGAAGAAUAA